AAAACGCAUCUAGCUUCAUCUCUCUCACCCCAGCGCUCUCUCUCUCUUUAAUCUUCAUAUAUAGAACCAUAAACCAGUCGAGAGAGAGAGAGAGAAGGCUGGAACAGAAGAUAUGGAAGGGGCGUCCGUGAGUGCGUACAAGGGCCUGAGGGGAUACUGGAGGAGGCGGAGCUACUGGAGGCUGGGCGGGUCGGGCAGCCGGCGCCGCAUGCGGGUGGUGGAGCUGGGCUCGACCCGUCGGAGGAGGCGGCGCUGGUCCUGGCGGAUCAAGAUCUCGCCGAAGCUCAGCUGCCUCAGGUCGCCCAGGAAGUUCCUGCUGUGGCCCAAGAAGUUCCUGAUCUGGCUCCGCGACGGCUACGUGAAGAUGAUGCUGGGCAUCGCCGACUCGCGGGUGUGCGGCGCGUACGGUGGCGGCUCGGUCGCCGACGCCGGGCUGAGCGGGUUCGGGAGGCGGCCGCCUAAGGAGUACGACCAGCGGGUGAUCGUGGAGGUGUACAAGGCCCUGAUGGCGGCGCAGGCGAAGGCCGUGACCAGAGCCGCACCGAGUCGGCUCCCGCUGGCGGCCAUCAGGGAGGAGUGAUUAGCGACAUCACGUAACGGAGGAUCUGCAGGGGCCGAGGGGGGAAGCCGGAAAUGGAGGAGGUCCGGCGAGGGAGCGGCGGAGGUGUCGCCGGAGAUGGGCAACCUGAUAAGGAAGGCUUCCAACUCUAUUUUAUUUUUUCCCCUUUCUUUUCUUUCUUUUUUUCUUUUCUUUCUAAUCCCGAUUUGUAAAUUUGCCCUUGUAGUGCAAUUGUCUGGCAAAAUAAAAGAAAAUGUUCGAAUGCAAUUAUAAUUUUCUUAAGCAAAAAGGAGGAAUUGUAACGGGAGUUGUCAUUAGAUUUUUCACUUUUGAGAAUACAAAUUAUCUCUUGCUUUGUUGAUCAAA